CUGACAAGCGCUUGGAGACGAAGUUGUAAAAAACACCCAGGUACUGAGGGUGGAAAGGCGCUGUUAAGAAGGUGAAACGGAAGCAAGAAAAUUCACGUCUACAAACUGGAAUACCUUUUUUUAAAUGUUUAUUUGGUUAAUGUGAAGAAAGUAUUUAUAUCUACAGUUUUCUAUUUGCACUAGUUAACGGUACUUCAACUACUGCGAAGCUUUUUAUACGUAAAGAACUGGAUCACUCAUCUGUGGAAGGAGACCUUUCCUCAGCAACCAGCACUUUGUUCCUUUGCCUGGCUCCAGCUGAACCUUGUAUCGUGCGAGGCUUGAUACCACGUGAGAUUUCAAGCGGCUUUUGGAAAAUACUAAUAUUUUGCACCUGGUCAGUUUAGCAGCUAUGCAGCUUGAAAUCCAAGUAGCACUCAACUUUAUCAUUUCUUACUUGUACAAUAAGCUGCCACGGCGUCGCGUCAACAUUUUUGGUGAGGAGCUGGAGCGGCAGCUAAAACAGAAGUACGAGGGACAUUGGUACCCGGACAAGCCAUACAAAGGGUCUGGGUUCCGCUGUAUUCACGUGGGGGAGAAAGUGGACCCAGUCGUUGAGCAAGCAGCCAAAGAGAGUGGGUUGGACAUCGAAGAUGUACGCAACAACCUGCCUCAGGAUCUCAGCGUUUGGAUCGAUCCUUUUGAGGUGUCUUAUCAAAUUGGGGAAAAGGGACCUGUCAAGGUGCUCUAUGUGGAUGAUAGCAAUGAGAAUGGGCUGGAGUUGGACAAGGAGAUCAAGAACAGCUUUAACCCUGAGGCCCAGGUUUUCAUGCCAAUCACUGAGCCUGUGGGACCCUCACCCACAUCCAGCUCACCGUCCCCUCCCUUCGGCCAAUCGGCUACCGUCAGCCCCACCUUCAUGCCCCGCUCCACCCAGCCUUUAACCUUUACCACUGCCACAUUUGCUGCCACCAAAUUUGGCUCCACCAAGAUGAAGAGUAGUGGUCGCAAUGGCAGCAAGGUGGCACGGAGCUCACCCACCAACCUGGGCUUGAAUGUGAACAACCUCCUGAAGCAGAAAGCCAUCUCCACUUCAAUGCACUCACUCUAUGGCCUUGGCUUGAGUGGACAGCAGCAGAAGACCUCUGCCCUGUCCCCGAAUGCCAAGGAGUUUGUGUUCCCCAGCCUUCAGGGCCAGGGCAGUCCAAGUGCAAUGUUCCCAGGAGAGAGUUCACUUGGCCUGAGUCUUAGCCCUCUCCAAUACAGUAAUGCCUUUGACGUGUUCGCCACCUAUGGGGGGCUGAACGAGAAGUCCCUGAUGGAUGGCCUAAACUUCAGCUUGAGCAACAUGCAGUAUUCUAACCAGCAAUUCCAGCCAGUAAUGGCCAACUAGGAAACAAAGAUGCUACUACAAUGACCAGAGAUAUGUGACUGGAAGUUGGAAGAGGGGGUGCUUAUUUUCUAAAAUUUUGAAAAAGUGGAAAAAAAUAGUAAAGAGCAAAAAAAAAAUAAGGAAAAGCUUACACGUUAACUGUACAGUCCCAGUGUACAAGUCAAAGAGCAUGAGCCCGAGGGUGAAAUACUUUGCCCCCUUGAGUUUUUUCCUUUUGUUAUUCUUUUUUAUGAUGAAGCUUGUAGUACUACAUGUCCAAGCUUGGUUACCUAAACUCAACAUUAUUGUUUUUUUUUGUUUUGUUUUUUGCCAACCAAGCACAAAAUUAUUUUUUAUUGACUGUUUUAAGAUAACUCUAUGAGGAAUUAAAACACAAGUCAUGGCCUCUUACAGUAUUUAAGAUAUAGCUGGACAGCCAAUUUUCAAAGGAUUGGCAUAAAUACUAAGUGGAAAUUUCCUGGUCUUUUUUCUAAUUGUAUAAUUUAAUUUAGUACAGAGUUUGUAAAAUAUCAGAGUAUAUAUUGUUUCUACAACAUGGUAUUGCAUUUAUAUCUUUUUACUACUCCAGUGAUCUGUGAUGGCUGCAGCAGCUUUUGUGUUAUUUCUUUUUUUAUUGAAAUUGUAAAAUGAAUCCAUCUUUAAAACAUUGACUAUUCUGAGGAUUGUGUACAGAAUAUUCCGUAGUGGUGGGAUUUAAGAAUAUUUGCUUUUUUUUGGAAAAAAGAAACAAGAGUUGUAUUUUCUGUUAAAAGUUAAGAUUUUUGCUAUAUUAUGACAAAAUGUAAUCGUAUAUUAAUUUUGUACCUACAUUGUGCAAUACUUGAUAAAAACACGGUAUAACAAAAGUAUUGAGUCAGUGUCUUACAUGUUAAGAGGGACUGAUAGUUUAUUAAGUUUGUAUUAAAAUUCUUGAAAAUA